AUGGCUUUUCAACAGGUGAUCAACCUCAUGGAUCGUGAACUGGCCCUGGCAGCCAACUUAUCGCUGCCUGGCAGAUGCGAACGGGGUAUCUUUAGGUAUCGAUAUCCCGACGAGCCACUGGAGCAGCUCACUGAUCUGGCGUUCGGGGACGGCCCUGCCACCGCCUCGCCCUACGCCGUCCACGGCCCCGGCGUCGGAAGCGGCGUCGGACACGCGCGUCGAGCCGGCCCGGCGUCAAGGGCCAAACGCUCGAGGGGGCGUGCCCAGUCCCGCCGCUCCGCCGGUAGUGCUGCUGCCGUCUAUGCGCCGGGUGAUAGAUCAGCUGGGGGCGCUGAGAAACGCUCAGAACUGCGGCAUAUGCUACAGGCCAGGGCCAUGGAAAGUCUGGAAGCAGUUGAGACAAUUGAGAAGAUUGAGACGAUCCUCAAGGACUCAUUGUCACGUUUGUUGCAGAACAUCGACGAGCGCUUGGAGCGGCAACGGACAUCGAUCGAGGCCUCCGUUCAACGGUCUGCAAUCUCCACGAUCCAGGCGCUCAAUCGCGGGGACCGGUCAUCGGGCCACUCGUGGAGCCAGUCCUGGAGCCAGUCGCGAGAUUCUCCAGUCAGCACGCAAUCCUUUGAGGCCCCGGCCUUUGAGGCCCCGGCCUUUGAGGCCCCGGCGAUCCCGGAGUCCCCCUCCUUUCGACCAGGAGAUGAACUGGUGGAAAGAUAUAUUGAUUUAGAUGUCUAUGCGGCUAUGGGAGAGGAGCCGGAGCUUAUGGAGAGGCCACGGGGUCCACUCGUGUCCAUUCAGGAAGAUGAUGAAAUAUCAGAAUCCCCAACUGAAAUCAGAGAUCCCGCGAAGAAGUUCGGUGUACGUGCUCCGAGUGUGAGACACCUGAAGCCAGCAAGACAAGACUCCUAUGAACUUGCAAAGAAAGAAGAAGGUGUUUGGGUUCGUUCCGAGAUGUCCGGCGGUGCAACGAAUGCGCAUGAUGAUGGCCAGAAGGAUGGGAAUCCCUUCCAUCAAUGUAUUGCUAAAGUUGUCAGGACCUGGCAAUUUGAGACCUUUUUCGCCUUGCUGAUCUUUGCACACGCCAUUCUUCUGGGAGCUCAGAUUGACUGGGAGUGUCGAAAUUUAAAUAAAGACUUGCCAAGUGAGACGGCUCAAGUUCACGUUGUGUUCACCUCCUUCUUCCUGCUUGAGCUCAUCAUGCGGAUCGCUGGAUUUGGUUUUCGGGAGUUUUGCACCGGCGAAUCGCACAUCUGGAAUCUAAUAGAUGUUUUCUUAGUGUUAAUAGCAGUAAUCGAGAAUCUGGCAGAGAUUUUGACAGAGGACUCUUUCGCCAGUGGAAGUUUCCGCAUUUUGCGCAUCUUGCGCCUUGCUCGAUCCGCGCGGGGUCUGCGUGUUGUUCGUUUGCUCCGCUUCAUCCGACCUCUACGGCUCCUGGUCUUCUCCAUUGCGGUGACAUUGAAGUCAUUGAUCUGGUCAGUGAUUCUCUUGUUUAUUAUCAUCUAUUUGUUCAGUAUCCUGUUUGCAGAUGCCAACUUGGCACACUUUACAUCAGAAGGUAACAUCCCGCCAGCAAUCCUGACCGAUAGCGACUUACAAUCUCAUUUUGGCUCAGUUCAAAUAUCAAUGCAUACACUUUUCAGAGCUAUUUGUGGUGGUCUGGAAUGGCGACACGCAGCAAAUUCCUUGGACCGGAGUAUUGGUUGGGGUUGGUCUCAACUAUUCACAUGCUAUAUGGCAUCUCGCCAAAGUCUGAAGCGGGCUCAACUUUUUCCUGUUUUCUUAAACAUGUAUUAUUAUUGA